UUUCAGGAAGUUGUAGCAGGAACAAUUAUGUUGAUAACGUUGUCGUUGGCUAAAUACUUUUUGUGAUAGAUUAACUCAAAUGUUUACUUUGUGGGCAAUGCAUGAACAUUCCCACAGUUUACAAUAUGGCUAAUAUAGCAAGGACCGGAGACAUUAUCCAUUUAAACGUUGGUGGAAAAAGGUUCAGCACCUCCAGACAGACAUUGACAUGGGUCCCAGACUCCUUUUUCUCAAGUCUUCUAAGUGGGAGGAUCUCAACCUUGAAGGAUGAAACUGGAGCGAUCUUCAUAGAUCGGGACCCAUCGCUCUUUACUCCCAUACUGAACUUCCUGCGUACCAAAGAGUUGUUUCCCAGGUCCAUAAAUGUGCACCUGCUCAUGCAUGAAGCUGAGUUCUAUGGAAUCACUCCGUUGGUGCGUAAGCUGCAGCUUUGUGAUGAGCUGGACCGAUCCUCCUGUGGAAACGUGCUCUUCAAUGGUUAUCUCCCACCUCCAGUGUACCCGGCGAAGCGGAGGAACCGUCACAGUGUGGCGGGGCCUCAGUAUAUGAGUGGCUGUGCCUUGCCCAUGGAGAGAGCUCCAGUGAGACGCAGCAACACCAUGCCACCCAACCUGGGCAACGCGGGCAUGCUGGGUAAAGCAACGAUGGAGGAGAGGAUCAGUGGUGCUCAGGUUGCAGACCCAGGCAUGGUCCGCAUCAUAUGUGGCCACCACAACUGGAUCGCUGUGGCUUAUGCCCAAUUUGUUGUUUGCUACAGAGUGAAGGAGUCUACGGGCUGGCAGCAGGUGUUCACCAGUCCCCGUUUGGACUGGGUGAUUGACAGGGUGGCGCUCAACGCCAAGGUGAUGGGCGGCUCCCUGGGAGACAACGACAAGAUGGUGGCCGUGGCCUCGGGCACAGAGAUCAUCCUCUGGACUAUCUGUCCUGACGGCAACGGCAACGAGAUAGGUGUGUUCAGUCUGAAUGUCCCCGUGGAGGCUCUCUUCUUUGUGGGGAACCAGCUUAUUGCCACCAGCCACACAGGGAAAGUGGGAGUAUGGAAUGCAGUGACUAAACAUUGGCAGAAUCAAGAUGUGGUUCCAAUUAAUAGCUAUGAUACUGCCGCUUCCUUCCUCAUUCUAGGCUGUAACAAUGGGUCCAUAUAUUAUAUAGAUGUUCAGAAGUUUCCAUUGAGGAUGAAGGACAAUGACCUCCUAGUGACAGAGUUAUACCGCGACCCCACGGAGGACGCCAUCACUGCUCUCAGUGUCUACCUCACACCCAAAACAAUCCCCAAUGUGUCGUCAGGCGACAGCGGCAACUGGAUCGAGAUCGCCUACGGGACCAGCUCGGGCACGGUGCGGGUGAUAGUGCAACACCCGGAGACAGUGGGCUCUGGGCCCCAGCUCUUCCAGACCUUCUCAGUCCACCGCAGCCCCGUCACCAAGAUCAUGCUCUCUGAGAAACACCUCAUAUCAGUGUGUGCAGACAACAACCACGUGCGGACCUGGACGGUGACUCGCUUCAGGGGGAUGAUCUCCACCCAGCCAGGCUCCACCCCCCUCACCUCCUUCAAGAUCCUCUCUCUGGAGGACAUCGACGGCCACGGGGGCUGUGCUGCCGGCACUGAGAUAGGUCCCUAUGGAGAGAGAGACGACCAGCAGGUAUUUAUCCAGAGGGUCAUCCCUGACACAGACAAACUCUACGUGCGCCUCUCGUCCAAUGGAAAGAGGGUGUGUGAGGUGCGCUCUGUGGACGGCACCUCCAUCACCUCCUUCAUGGUCCACGAGUGUGAGGGGUCCAGCCGCAUCGGCUCACGCCCCCGCCGCUACCUCUUCAGUGGCCACGCCAACGGUAGCAUCCAGAUGUGGGACCUGACCACCGCCAUGGAGAUCGCAGGGAAAGUGGACAUCAGGGCGCUGGGCGGCCCUACAGAAGAAGAGCUGCUGGAGCUGUUAGACCAGUGUGACCUGGCUCUGACCCGUACCCCUGACAUGAGUCCUGCUGCCUCCUUCACCCACUCCUCCACCUGCAGUUUGCAGUCCCAGAGUGAGAGCUCCAGGGAGCGCGGGACCAGAGGUGGUGUGAGCAGCUCGGGUCCCUUCUCUGGUAGCCUGCCCCGCCAGGCCCCUCCGGUGCCCCUCACCAAGCCCCGGGACAUGGCUCUCCCCAUGGCGGGGUUGGGCCUCCAGCCCCACCACCUGGGUCUGAGCCAGGCCUCCCUCAGCAGCAGCGGCAGCCCCCGGCCCGGCCGCACCGCCCCCCAGGACAGAGACCGGGACCGUGUCAUGGGGUCUCUGCGCAGGGGUAAUUUUGUUGAACGUUGUCAGGAGCUUGCCAAGGUCUCGGACUCUGCAGGAGGGGUGGAGGGGGGCACACGGCGCAGCCUGGCUGUAUGCUCAGAGUUGGAGGCUAGACUGGGCCUACGGACACCCGCCUCUUUCUCCUGCCCCCCUGCAGCCUCUCCCGCCUCAUUGUCAUCUUCAUCACUGCGCCGGCCACAGCCCACCUCACCCAGCCCUGCCCCUGCUACAAUCGUCAGUCCAACCCGCUCCCAGACCCCUGUGUCGCCUCGUCGAGCUGGCACCUCCCCUACUACAGAAGUCCCGCCCCCUGAAGCUGCAGCAGCCACUCCAGAGAGCUCCUCCCCUGUGCCCCCCACCAGUCCUAAACCCCCCAUGAAUGAGACCAGCUUCUGAUUGGCUCUGUGAUGUACGAGUGAGUGGACUAACAAUGGACGCUUUUGGUGUUUCUGAGCAUGUGUGGGUUAGUGACCGCACGUAUUGUCACAUUAUUGAUGGACUUUUCCUUGAUAAGCGUCAAGGAUGCAUAUCCAAUGACUUUCCUCUGUUUUCAAAGGGCCAGCUGUGAUGUAGGCAAGAUUCAUAUACAACAUAUCCAAAAUGUCAAUGUGUUGAUGAUUCCCAUUGGAACUCUAGCCAUGUAUGAAGGUGUUCGGUUGCAUUUGGUAGAGCAGUGCAUUUCAUUAAAUUACACUGAACAAGAAUAUAAAUGCAACAUGGUUUCAUAUAAGGAAAUCAGUCAAUUGAAAUCAUUUCAUUAUGGCCUA